AGAUUCUCCUCGCCGCCGUGACUUUGCUGCCUUCUGCACUCUCCCAUUUUGGAUCUCGUUUGUCAGCCUGUAUCUUCCGUCCCUCCCAGCACUACUUGAUUCUGUGACGGGCUUUUUUUUCACCUGUUCUUUUACAUCGUCAGCUGCUUCGGCGAUCGUGCGAGAGCAGAAGGCCAUCGGAUCGAUCCCCAGGUGCUUCGGCUGCUUCCCUUCUCUCGUACACCCGCUCGUCCGCCGCCGAUACUAGAGCUUUCCCGGACCGGUGUCCAGCUACCCCAAACAUGGCUGACGUCGAAAUGAGUGACGCUCCGGUGGCCGCAAAGAAGGCUGACGGCGUCAGCGGCAAGGGAGGCGAGAAGAAGAAGUUUGAGGUCAAGAAGUGGAACGCCGUUGCGCUUUGGGCUUGGGAUAUUGUCGUCGACAACUGCGCCAUCUGCCGAAACCACAUCAUGGACCUCUGUAUUGAGUGCCAGGCGAAUCAAGCCUCUGCUACGAGCGAGGAGUGCACCGUCGCUUGGGGCAUCUGCAACCAUGCUUUCCACUUUCACUGCAUUUCACGAUGGUUGAAGGCCCGAUCAGUGUGCCCCCUCGACAACAGAGACUGGGAAUUCCAGAAGUACGGUCGAUAAGCAACGAUUGCACGG